GUUCGCUACAAAGAGUACUUGAGAUUGCCCAAGGAAGUCAUGAGCACCUUCAGUGUGAUGAACCAAACUGUGCCCAUUGUAAUCCACCUGGUGACGACGAACCAGAGUCGGAAGACGAGGACCCACCUGAGGAAGAAGGCUCAGACGAAGAAACGGCCGAUAAGCAUAAAAAGCCCUUAAAGGUCAAGCCCUCAAAAGUCAAACCGAGGAAAGCGCCCAGAUUGGAAGAGGCCAUGAACCGUGACAAGGUUAAGAAAGGCGAUUUCCUCAAGAAACGACGGGAGGAAGAGGAUAAGAAGAAACGACGGGAGGAAGAGGAUAAGAAGAAACGACAGGAGGAAGAAGAUAAGAAGAAGAAGAGCGGUGACGAAAGUGAUAGCACAAGCACCGGGAAGAAGAAAAGAGAUGAACCAGCGUCGCAUGAUGUCGAGAUAUUGGACGAGUCAGUCGGCGAAGUUGAAGAAAGGUCAUCGACACCUACGAAGCCAAAGAAAGUUAUUCAAUCGGCUACAGCAGAGCCAUCAAAACUCAAAGGAAAGGUCAUAGCGGUGAAACAAGCUGUCCCCAUUGUCAUUUCCGCAUCCACGCCAAAGGAGCGCAAGGACAAACAGAUUCGCGAAAAAGCGAAACGGGAGACGUCGCGUGAAUCGGAGGCAUCGGAAGUGAGCCUUCCAAGCACUUCGACGGUCAGUGCAAGGUCACAUACAGAUUCGAAAACGACACGAUCAAGGACUACUGAGCCAAGAAGCUUAGCGGAGGCCUUGGAUAAAGGGCAGAAAGCAAAGAGCGAGCCCGUUAAGACGAAAGGAAAGGUCAAAACAGCCAUGAAAGUUGAUGCAAUGGCAGUGAUCAAUUACGCCGAACCAGAGGGAGAGAGUGAAUUGGACUUCACCUCAGACGAAGAAUUUGAUGGUCCAGAUGAUGAUAAUUUGAACACGGUCGAUGAAAUAAUCAAAGCGUAUAACGGAGCGGAGAAGAAUUUCAUACGAAUAAGAACAGCAUCGGUGACAUCCAAAUUUAAAUCAGGCCUGAAGACGUAUUUGAAGAAACAACAUCGUAGCUUCACUAAACAAAAGUUCGACGUCGUAUUGGAAUUCGCGCGGAACGCAGGAAAACUUAUACAGAAGCACCCGAGUUUCUCGUAUGAGGCCAAGUUGUUCCGACCGAAACCAACCGGAAAGCGCUAAGAAACGCCCGCCGAGAGAUGACGAGGGCGAUUCAAAUGAAAUGGAAUAGUGUUGACCUUUAUGAUCACACUAUUAAAAGGACGUCUACGGCAUUUGUCGGUACGUCACAAAGAUGAAAAUGGUGUUGUAUAAAGGACGUGACACGUGACAUGUUAACAUAAACUGUAUUUGUGUAAUUGUUGUUUGCAGCGUUUAUAGCACAGAAUUGCCAAAAAGAAAUCAUGUGGAGUAUCUAUUGGGGUUGAAAUUGAUUCGGUCUAUAAAGCCGGCCCCAAGGGAGUAGUUACGGCAGUUAGCCGGCUCUCCUCUCUAAGCGACUCAGUGUUAUAAAUGCACAAGAGAAACAACGGUAAUCAAGCCGGAUCUCUUGAAUACGAAACGGGGCCACAAGCGGCGAAAAAGAGAAAGACAACAGGUGGAAUAUUGAUGAGGUUAACUUAAUGCGGCAAUUGGCCGGCCUCAUUAGAGUUGUUACGGUAAACUAUGCCGGCACUCUUCUUAAGCGAUUCAGUGUUAAAGGUGAAACGAGAAAAACUACGGUAAUCGAGCCGGAUUUCUCGUAUCAACAUUGGCCACAGGCGGCGAACAAGAGUAAAAGAUUAACUGUGGAAAUUUCAUGGGGUAAACUUAAUGCGGUAACUGGCCGGCCUCAUCAGAGAUGUUACGGUAAACUUGCCGGCACUCUGGCCGCUCGAGGCAUAUUGAAGUUGGAUGUGCGACGGAAAGGUCAACUUAAAAGUUUUACCAGGGAGGCAAGCGAAGAAAUGCUUGACGGCCGCAGAAAUUGGCUAAGUUCCUCCAUGACCUUUGAUGAGAGUUUGAAGAGAUGUCGGAUGACCUUUGGGAUUAUUACCGCCCAAGAGAGUCACCGUGUUAGAAUUCAAGUCGCAUGACCUUUUGGGACCAUUAACCCAAACCGAGUCGCACAUCACAACGGAUCAUCUCAACAAAGGAUGACCUUUACUAGGGAGGAAGCGAACUACGCUUGUCUAUAUGACGUCCCUCCAUGACCUUUAUGGAUCUCAUUUUGAAGUCGUACAAUUGAUACGCACCAUAUUCCAAAGAUGAAGCAGUAUUCCUAAAGUCGUACUUGAUACGCACCCGAUUCUCAAAGCGGAUUGUGAUGGAAGUCGCAUUAUGGAUGCGCGAAGUUGCUCAACGGAGCGGAAUGGAUUAAAGUGCGGAAAACGGUGGACAGGACCUGUGACCUUUGCGAGUCAGAAAUGGAGGAUCCUAGUCUACAAUUUGAUUAAUACUUUUGUUGAUCUGUUACUGUUGAUCUGUUUUAAUGAUUUGAUAGUAUUUUUAUAAUUGGAUCUCUUUAUUUCACAUUGUAUUAAAUGGAAUUGUGCCUUUACGGAAUUGAUGUGAUAAAAUGGAUUAAGAGAAUUUGAUGUUUUUGAGCACACACAGACACUCGGCGACCGUCGUCUUCUCGUGGAUUCGGGAGUGUGUCCAGCCUCACAGGAGCUCGGCAUCCCCCCAGAGGCAUGUGAGACCGGGAUCACUAGCGUUCACGUCAGUGGCGCUAGGCGCUACGCCUUUGGAUUAUGGCCUGUGUUGUGUCUCGCUUCUGAUUGGCUUGUGUUUUGUUAGUGGGCGCGGCAUAGCACGUGCUGCACAGCGUUGCACGCUGUUGAAUGGGCUCCACGUUUUACGAUCGAGCUGCGCCGAUCAUUAUUGAUUUUCGAUUGUCGGAACUUUCAAUAUUAAAAAGUCAGCAGUUUACGGUGCGACGUUUUGUGAUUCCGCAAUAGUUCGCAAUCCAGAUCGUAUUGCUCACUUCCACGGGAUAGAUUCCGUUUCUGUCUCCGUCCGUGGAUCUGUUCUGGAUCUACCAUUAGAACUCAAAUGAGUUGCAUUUGGCCCAGAGGCGUCGCGGUCCAUGAUGGCUAGUUUCCGGCUGGCCAAACGCUAUUGACAGUUUGAUUGUACUGUACUGGAGUUCUUCAACAUGCAGAGCAAAAUCACUGUUGUUGAGUCAUUUCCCAAUACUCGUACGGCCACAUACGCCUUACUUUGUGGAAAGAUCCAAAAAAGGACGCUUGCUGGGAGAAGGAGCGAUCAAGUCCAGUUCAAUGAGAGCUGCGUUAUGAAAAAAAUGGCAGUUCCAUAUCGCGAUCGGGAUCUUCUCAAGUAAACUGUCCACAGGUGAUCACACUGCUCUCUUCAUCGACCAAAGGAGCACACUGAUAAGUCAAAUUUAACAGGAAGAAAUUCUAAAUCAACAAAAACUAAACAAACAUGCGCGAAAUGGAGAAACGCGACGUACCCAAGUCUUGCAGUUACGGAGGUACCAUGGCACAUCUUGCAUGCCUUAAAAGCUCCACUGAGUCGUGCACUCAUGGUGCAUAAAUCCGAUUGAUUCAAGGAGAACAGCUUCCUGAUGUAGUGAUGUCAGUGAUGUGUCAAGCAAUGUGUUUGCUACUUACUUGCUUCCCGGCUCUUCCAUCUCGUUACGGGGCAAGCCACAACACACAGGCAUAAGGCACACGAUUUAAGGACAAUGAAAUGAGAACCAACCGCCAUGUCGAUUUUAAUGUUCAGGCAUCAGUAUGACCAUCUUCUAAAACUGUCUCGCAAAACCGGUAAGAUUACUGACUGCAUCCGCGGGAGUUGAAGAGGUAGUAAAUUCCCUUUAACCGCCCGCACUAGGCGUCGGCUUCUUCGGCAUCAAAAGAAGUCGAAGUGCGGGCGGUCUAGGCGAAUUUACUAUUCCGUUAAACUCCCGCGGAUACAUUACAUACGUUCCAAGCAUCGCUAAGUAUAAGCAGUGUUGGUCGCUUUUGGUAUAAUAUUGUUGAGUUUUCUGUCAAACAGUUACAAGCGUGAGAGAGUGGUACAACAACGGCCUAGCACAUGGUUUAGCACAGCACUAGCUUUUGGUUAUCAAUCAUAUUGGUCUUAAAUGGGAGAAAACGAAUAUUCUUAUUCAGAAUACCAUAGUAAUUCCCAAGAAAUCCGGAAUUAAACUUAUGAUUGAUUUACCAACGGCCUAGCACAUGGUUUAGUACAACAACGGCCUAGCACAUGGUUUAGCACAGCACAUUUCCGGUAUCAGCAUGCUCCACAUGGACAGGGUCUGUUAACGGUAAAAAUAUUGCUGCAUAAUUAUAGGAUCAUCGAAGCGUUAUAAUUAGGGCAGCAAAAGUUAUUAAUAACUACACUUUAGUUGUCACCAUCGAACAAUGAGGAGCAUUGCACUGAUUCAUCAUUGUAUGAUUAAUUUAUAUUGUCACACCUAUG